AUGGCAGCCAGGGACCGCCCCCUGGAGCGCGGCGGCGUGCGCCUGCGCGUGCGUGUGCGCGGGGCGGGGCGGGGCGGGAGGGACGGUUGGGCAGUGGCUGUGGCGGUUGCAGUCAUAGCAGGACAGGCAUUUAGAAAGUUUCUUCCCCUCUUUGACCAAGUACUGAUUGAAAGGAGUGCAGCCAAAAAUGUAACCAAAGGAGGCAUAAUGCUUCCAGAAAACUCUCAAGGAAAAGUAUUGCAAGCAAUAGUAAUAGCUGUUGGAUUGAGCUCUAAAGGAAAGGGUAGAGAACUUUAACCAGAUAUUGUAAGAGAUAAAGUUCUUCUCCCAGAAUAUGGAGGCACCAAAGUAAUUAUAGAUGACAAGGAUUAUUUCUUACUUAGAGAUGCUAACAUUCUUGUAAAGUAUGUAGGCUGAAAUGAAUCCCUAUUGAAAUGGCACCACAUGGGAGGGAUUAAAGAUGGUGGCAUGAGAGGUGAGACAGAGGCUUCUACCUAAAACCACAUAUAAUUAUGAGAAUACAAUUAAUACAACUAAUCCUGAAAGAACAACAGGAAAGAUGACUGCACCAGAAUGCAUACACCUGGAGAAAAGACAAGACCUCACAGAACAGGGUAACGUACCAAAGCUGUGGCCCAGCGGGACUCAAGCCCUUCCCCCACCCAAGCUCACAGGCUGGAGGAAGAGAAACUGGGAAGGGAGGGAGUGAAGGCCUGGGACUGCUGAAUACCUAGCUCCUGAGAUCUGCUCUGGGAGCACAAACCUACAUUUCAUGGUCUUUCAUUAUACUCUCAUGAUUACAAGGUUGGAAAGCUAAGACAGGCAGAAUUCCUGGAGAGACUGAGAUUCCAGCCGCUUGUGGAAAACAGGGAUCCAUAUCCAGCUUCCCUGGGACAAAAGAAAGGUGGGCAGUCUGAGAGACUUCCUAACAAGGAAGCCCCUAGCAAGAGGGCUGCUAAAGGAGCAAGGAUUGAAUAGAGCUUACUGCUCAGGAGAAAGGACAGGUAGACAAAAUUGUCUGGGUGCACUCUGCCC